GUGAUCUAACCCCAAUGCAGAAAAUCAAUUGGCCUAUCGAUUUUCUGCCCCCUCAUGACCCCUCAUCAUUCUACACUUUUAACGUCUCCUCCUCCUCUUCUUUGAUUUUCAUAUACCUCAGUAUAUAAUUACGUAUAUCCUGCCUUCUGUAUAAUAUUCCCAGCGAGUUUCGCUGAGGCCCAGCAACCAUGCCAGACGCAAUCCUCGACGAUAUCUCGCAUCGCCGCUACAACCCGUUGCGGGGGAGCUGGCUACUCGUCUCUCCCCACCGGACGAAGAGGCCAUGGCAGGGCCAGCAAGAGUCCGCCUCAAAGUCCACCCUGCCCGAGUACGAUCGGGCAUGCUACCUCUGCCCAAAAAAUAUUCGCGCCCAGGGCGAUCAGAACCCGGACUACAAGAACACCUUUGUAUUCGUGAAUGACUACAGCGCCGUCAAGGAAUCCCAAGCAGAGUACCUCCCAGAAGCAAAGGAAGGCGACCUCUCAUCCCUCCUCCUCCGCGCCGAACCAGUAACAGGGAAAUGCUACGUCCUCACCUUCUCCCCCCAGCACAACCUCACCCUCGCCGACCUGACUCCCGCGCAAAUCCUCCCCGUCGUCCAGAUGUGGAGCAAAAUCUACGCCGCCCACCUCUCCCCCAAGUCAGCUCUCUACUCCCUUCAGCCCGCAACGUCCGCUGCCUCCGAUCCUGACUACGGCGUCUCGGCACCCACUGCACAGUACCGGUGGAUGCAAAUCUUUGAGAACAAAGGCGCCGCCAUGGGCUGCUCGAAUCCCCAUCCCCACGGCCAGGUCUGGACCACCACCGGCACGCCCGAAGAGCCAGGCCAGGAACUCGAACAGCUGCAGAAGUACCGCUGCGAGCACGCUGGCCAGAACCUGCUCGCUGACUAUGCCAAGCUCGAGAUGGAGAAGAAGGAGCGUAUCGUUUUCCAAAAUGCUUCAUUCCUUGUCGUCUGCCCUUGGUGGGCCGUCUGGCCGUUUGAGACGCUCAUUGUAACAAAGACCCACAAGCGCGCGCUCGUCGACCUCGAUGACGCGGAGAAACUCGACUUCGCGGAGGCGAUUACAGAGGUGACACGCCGUUAUGAUAACCUCUUCGAGACGAGCUUCCCAUACAGCUCGGGGAUUCACCAAGCUCCGCUGGAGGGGACCGAGAAGGAGAUCAACGCCUCGCACCUCCACAUGCACUUCUACCCACCGCUAUUGCGCAGCGCGACGGUGAGGAAGUUCUUGGUGGGAUACGAGCUGAUGGCCGAGCCACAGCGGGAUAUCACGCCUGAACAGGCGGCGGCGAAGUUGAGGGAUGCGGGAGGGGAGCUGUAUAGGAAUUCGUUGUGAUUUACCCUGAUUAGAUUUAGAUGGUGAGGGUGCAUAUAGUUGAUGUAUAUAUUGUGGAACUUCUGCCAAAUCCGCUGAGUGUGAUGCAAGUGAGUGAAGUGAAGGCCAUUUCAAAGUUUGGUGAAUAUGUGAGAGCAAUUGGACACAACGGUCAACUGGAAUUUGGGAUAUUAGGUUCAUCAAAUUAUAACUUGCUCAUUCAUGUCUGUACUACACAACAAUAUUAACAAUCGUCGAAGAAAUGCCAGGUUAUCGUUCACUUAGUCUCCUGUCAACCAAUUCUAUCCACCGUCUAACGCUCUACGUAGCAACAUAGAACUCCUUCUGCAUCAACAUCCAUGUUAUAGUUGAGGUACUGACGACAAUCGGCCCAGCUAGCGGCGAACCCCACUCCGCAGUUCCGAAAAAGAGCCACUCGCUCGCGAAGUGCGCGAAGGCGACAACGUAUGUGCAGAGCGCAAGGGCGUAGAAAGCCGGGUUAUCAAUGUUAUAAGAGGCGAAAAGGCGGACAAGGGCAGCGACGAAGGUCCAGGUUCCGAAGGUGCGAGCGGAAAGGGGGGUGACGAGCGGGGAGUGCGGGACAGGGGCCGAGGGGGUGGCAGGGAGGGCCUUGGGGCGUGCGGGGUCGAUGUUGUAGAUGCGGCGGGUGUAAUAGAGGGUUACGAAGGAUUGGACCGAGUUGCCAAUUGCGACUAUGGAGGUCUGGUAGCAGUUAGUUGGUGAUACGUGGGGAUGAGGCUUGGAGCUUCGUUGGGACGCGGAUAGGGGUUGCGACAUACGAAGAGCAUCCACUUUGGGAGGAAGCCCGCAUGUUGGGGCAGAUAUGGGAGUAUCGCGUCCAUUGCUUCGUGUAAUGUGGGUGAGAGAACGAAUUGUUAUUAAUUAAUAUGUUGAGGGUCAGGAAUAUCAAAUGUAAUACAUUUUUCAGACAUUUUUAGAGCUACUC